AUGAUGAGAAAUAGAGCGCUCUCAUGUCUCCUCACGAUGCUCCUAAUCGCCACCGCAGACUCAACGCAAAAUACGGUGGUUCGCCUCGAAAUGGCUCACCGCGACACUCUCUCGCCGACGGCUUUCCGCCGCAUUGAGGACAUUAUCGGCGAGGACAAGAAGCGCCACACCAUGAUCUCUCAGAAACGGAAAACGAAAGGAGGAUUCAAAAUGCCGCUGGGAUCGGGCGUCGACUACGGCGCGGCGCAGUAUUUCACGGAGGUCAGUGUCGGAACGCCGGCGAAGAAGUUCAGGGUGGUUGUGGACACCGGGAGCGAGCUGACUUGGGUGAAUUGCAGGUUCCACGGGAAAGGCAAAGAGAAAGUCGAGAAUCGGAGUGUGUUCAGAGCAGAGGAAUCGUCGAGCUUCAGAAAAGUCGGUUGCUUGACUCAGACCUGUAAAGUCGAUUUGAUGAAUCUCUUCUCACUCUCCUCUUGCCCUACGCCUUCCACACCUUGCUCCUACGAUUACAGAUACGCGGACGGGUCAACAGCACAAGGCGUGUUCGCAAGGGAGACGUUCACGGUGAAUCUAACCAACGGUCGCAAACGGAGACUCCGUAACCUCAUCGGUUGUAGCAACUCAUUCACUGGUGAGAGCUUCCGUGGAGCAGAUGGAGUUCUUGGUUUAGCGUUCAGCGAUUACUCCUUCACUUCCAGAGCCGUUGAUCUCUUCGGUGGGAGAUUCUCUUACUGCCUCGUUGACCAUCUCUCCCACAAGAACGUCUCCAACUAUCUCAUCUUCGGCUCUUCCCCUACCUCGACUAAAACCACAGCCGCAGCAAGAACCGCACCGCUUAAUCUCGAUCUCAUCCCUCCCUUCUACGCCAUCGACAUCGUUGGGAUCUCUCUCGGAGACAAAAUGCUUGACAUCCCCGCGCAAGUAUGGGACGGAACAGCCGGUGGUGGGACGAUCUUGGACUCGGGAACCAGCCUCACGUUCUUGGCCGAUGCUGCGUACACCAUUGUGGUUGAAGCCCUCGAGAGGUCGCUUGUUGGGUUUAAGAGAGUGAAACCGGAAGGAGUACCGAUAGAGUAUUGUUUUAGUUCGACGUCAGGGUUCGACGAGAGCAAGCUGCCGCAGCUGACGUUCCAUUUCAAGGGCGGUGCGCGUUUCGAGCCGCACCGUAGAAGCUAUUUAGUAGAUACAGCGCCAGGAGUCAAGUGUUUAGGGUUUGUGUCGGCGGGAACGCCGGCGACUAAUGUGGUUGGGAACAUAAUGCAGCAGAAUUAUUUGUGGCAGUUUGAUACUUUGGCCUCAACUUUGUCUUUUGCUCCUUCUACCUGCGUUUAG